AUGAAGAAAGCUGGCUGGAUAAAUCUGGUGAAAGAUUUCGAUGAAAUCAAUGAAGAAGAGGCACAUCCACCCGUCAAACCAACUCAAAAUCUGAAUCGACCCGACUAUCUGCUGGAUGCACAAGAGUGCAUGAAAGAAAUGUUCUUCUCAAGAACGGAUCGAGAUAUCUGGGAAGAUUUCAGUCGAAUUGUGAUGAAUUGCACUCCGUACGAUGAGAUGAGGAUCAAGAUUUACUCGAAUUCUUUUCGCUAUCACUAUUUUCAAAAGCCGGCUCGAUAUGAGGACAAUGAGUUUUUAAAAAAAAGCUGCCAACUAGUGUCCAUCGGCACGAAUGUUGAUGUCAAAGCUGAACUCACUUUUUCGGAAAACUAUCCGCAUUGCAAAUUUCUUGGAGUUGAUCCAAAUGCCACUGAGAAGGAAACCGCCUACAAACAGUAUAAAAAUCAUAGAACCAAUGUUGACACUAUUUUUGAGGUUGGAAAAUUCGUGAACGCCUUAGUGACAACGGAUGGGAAAACGAGAGAAAGCACAUCGGUUAAAGGUAAUAUUACCACAAAAAUCGACCAACAGACGCUUGAAGUUGGGGAAUUUUUCAGCGAGAAUUUGGAGAACAAAAUAAUCGAUGUUUUGUGGAUGGAUAACGAGUACGAAGAAUACGAUUUACUUCCAUUUUUCCUCAAAGAUUCCCCACUUUUUCGUGAUGGAUGGAGGAUUUGUCAGAUACAAGUCGAGAUUCACGGUCAUUUGGAAAAAGUGGAAAUCAUUCGAAAGUAUGCGAAAUUUGUGAAAGCGAUGUUUGAAGAAGGACGUUAUUUGCCCAUUCAUUCGAUGCAAAGUGUCCACAUUAUG